AUGUACCUGCUGAAAAAACGACUUGAGCUGAACCAUGCAGGGCGGAUAAGCAAUGUAGCCUUGCUGAGGAACCCCCUCCGCAGAGCAGUCAAAAUAAGAGUGAAGAAUUUUGCAUACGCAAGAAGCAUAUACGAAUGCAGCACCUUGCAAGGAGAUGUGAAGCAUACUGAUAGUUCUGAGGGUGUAAAUCUGAAGGGAGCAUUGCCACCAAAGUUCCUCCCCCAUGGGAGAGAUGGCAGUAGUAAAUAUAAUGAAAAUCUACGUAGUGUAUUUUUUUCCAACAGUAUGGAUGACGUGAAAGACUAUUUUGAUAACAAUUUUAACGAAAUGAAAAAUCAUGAAUAUGUGUAUUUGCUAUUUAAAAUGUAUGAAAUUAUUUUUUCUAAUUUUUACAAAACAGACUUAAAAGUAGAAGUGUAUAAAAGGUAUAAUAAUCUGACGCAGGAACAGUUGGUGAAGCUCUUCUUUUUGUACUCCAGAAAUAUGAAUGCGGCUGACGAUGUUUUGAUGUGUAAUUUUGUGAAGGCCAUAAGCGAAAAGGUAAUUUUGGAAAAUAUAAAAAAUUUUAGCGCCAGCACUGUUAGUAUGCUCAUUUGGGCUUACAGUACGGUCGAAGGAAAGAACCCCCAGGUGAGAUUCAGCAAUGAGUUAUAUUUCGAGUUGAAGGAGAGAGCCCUGGAAUUACAUCAGGGUAUGACUCCCAAGCAACUAUCCAACAGUGUGCUUGGGUUAGCAAUCACCGUUGGGCGGACGGUGAGUUGGGAUGGGCGAGUAGACACGGAAGUGCAUGAAGCGGUUGAGCGGCACCUGUUGCGUAUGGGGGGAGGUACUGAAAAGGGGGGUAGCACCAUUGAGGGACAUCCAAAAGUUCGUGUCGUACAAGGGACGUUCCUAAACCUGUUCACAUCGGAAGACUUGUCAAACUUGUGCUAUGCCUACUCGCUUGUUCGGAGUGGCAGCAGAGAACUGCACAGUCUGAUCCAGGCGGCCAUACUGAAGAAGCAAAGUGACUUGUCCCCCCAGGAGAUCGCCAAAAUAGCUUAUGCCUAUGGAAACAUGUACUUCUACGCAUCGUAUACCCUUCUCAGUUCUUUGCAGUAUGAAAUUUUGCAACGGAUGCACCAGUUUUCUCACCACGAAAUAUGUGACAUCUUAUGGUGUUAUUGUGUUAACAAAUUUUUAGACGCCAAUUUUUGGAAAUGUAUGUUGCGUGCAAUUGAUAUGGAAAAGUUGGGAGACUCUCGUUGCUGUUUGUUGUAUUCUUCUUUGUCUUAUGUCAAUCUGAUCGAUUCAUCCAUGUUAGAUUCUUACAACACGUUGCGGGUGUUUCACUUGGUUAGUGAACCUUAUUGGCGAUUUCAGAUUGCGGAGUAUCUGCACAGUUUCGCGGACGAUGUGGUUGAUGCGAUGUGCAAGGAGAAUACGUUGGUGGGGGCGAAAAGUGCAGGAGAGGGGGAGAAACUCGACAGGGGAGUGCAAGAGGCAGACGCGCAUAUAAGAGGUAGCCAACGGGAUCAUCCCUUCGAAUGUGUUAAGAAGGCAUAUGAUUUUGAAGGGUUCCUAAUUGACAUAUAUUUCGAACACAUGAGUAGGCGAUACGCUGUGUUUCUUUACAGUGCACUAAACACAAGCUCUGGUGGGUACCCCUUGGGAGAGAGCGUGCUGAAGGCAAGGUACUUGAGGAGGAAGAACUUCAGGACG